CAUAACUUGCGUUUUCAGAAUUUCUCUCUCAAUUUAAACACACAAUCUCCUCUCCUCUUCCCGUCCCUAACCUUAACAAUGGUUACUGAACAACAGAAAUUUCCAUUGUCCUUAAACCCUCUCAAUGCCCAUUCACAGUUAACCCAUGUCCUGCAUUUGCUUUUCUUCCUUAUUGGUUUGUCCUUCGGGACGCUAGCUUGUUUAUAUCUCAAAAGCUUCCCAUUCUCUUCACAAUCCAUUCUCCACUCUGUGGCUUCACAGAUACUACCGCCUUUGACAUCAUCUCCGCCGCUACCACCACCGCAGCUGUCAUCAGAGUCAUCAUUACCAGUGUUAUCUCUCGAAACAAAUGGGACGCAUGAAAAUAAUACUAGCGUUUCAUUGACAGGACAGCAAUCCCUUGUGCACAAUAUGAGCGACAAGGAGCUGCUAUGGAGAGCAUCUAUGGUUCCCAUUUAUCAAGAAUCUUCUUACAAGCUUGCUCCAAAAAUGGCUUUUAUGUUCUUGACUCAUGGACCUCUUCCCUUGGCUCCUCUGUGGGAGAGGUUUUUCCGAGGGCAUGAAGGCCUUUACUCCAUUUACGUGCACCCACAUCCCUCCUACAAUGAUUCAUGGCCUGAAAGUUCUGUCUUCUAUGGUAGACGAAUUCCUAGCCAGCCAGUCUACUGGGGAACUGGAACAAUGAUAGAUGCAGAAAGACGCUUACUAGCAAGUGCCCUCCUUGACAGCUCUAAUCAAAGAUUCGUAUUGCUCUCUGAAUCUUGCAUUCCAUUGUUCGAUUUCAAAACCUCAUAUGAUUAUGUAAUGAACUCAAAUUUAAGCUUCCUGAGCUCAUAUGAUGAUCCAAGAAAAGUAGGUCGUGGCAGAUACAAUCCCCAAAUGUGGCCUAUAAUAAACAUUACAGAUUGGAGGAAAGGGUCACAAUGGUUUGAACUUCACCGUGACCUUGCCAUUUGCGUUAUAUCUGAUAACAAGUACUACCAAGUCUUUCAAGAACAUUGUCACCCACCAUGUUACAUAGACGAACAUUAUAUUCCAACUUUAGUGAACAUACUCCACCCCGAAUUGAUUUCAAAUCGGAGCAUUACAUGGGUUGAUUGGUCGAGGGGAGGUCCCCAUCCAGGGAAAUUUGGAUGGGGUCAAAUUACGGAUGAGUUCUUUAAUAGAGUUCGACAUGAAUCGGAAUGUGCUUAUAAUGGUAAUACUACAUCCAUGUGUUUUCUCUUUGCUAGAAAAUUUUUACCAAAUGCACUGGAGCCUUUGUUGCGGAUUGCUCCCUUGUUGCUUGGUUUUGAUCCCUAGCA